GUUUUGAACAACGAAAUCUAGUCAUCGCCUGCUCUCUUUCCGGGACAAGUUAGGGACUUGCAAAGAUGAAGCAGAUCGUUGUCAACCAGACAGUGAAGAUCCCAGAGGGAUUGACCUGCUCGGUCAAGUCCCGUCUGGUGACUGUUAAGGGACCUCGAGGAGUAUUGAAAAGGUCCUUUAAGCACUUGGCCGUAGACAUCUACAUGGUCAACCCCAGGCUGCUGAAGGUAGAGAAAUGGUUUGGCACCAAGAAGGAGCUUGCUGCUGUACGCACGGUAUGCUCACACAUUGAGAACAUGCUGAAGGGUGUUACAAAGGGUUUCUUGUACAAGAUGAGAGCCGUAUACGCCCAUUUCCCCAUCAACUGUGUGACCACAGAGAACAACACAGUGAUUGAGGUGAGGAACUUCUUGGGUGAGAAGUACAUCAGGAGGGUGAAGAUGGCCCCAGGUGUCACUGUCACCAACUCUGCCAAACAGAAGGAUGAGCUGAUUGUUGAAGGAAACAGCAUCGAAGAUGUCUCACGAUCAGCCGCUCUUAUCCAGCAGUCUACGACAGUAAAGGACAAAGAUAUCCGUAAGUUCUUGGACGGCCUGUACGUCUCUGAGAAAACAACUGUUGUUCAAGACGAAUAAACCAAUAAAAUAUUUUACACUGUUUUAAAA